UCCAAGACUGGCUUCAUUAUCUUAUGUGUGGCUUGCAGCCCAUGUAUACCAAGAAUUUCUUCAUUCCGGAGGUCCACCAUAGAGAUCAAUACCUCAUUACUCAUGUUUGUUACCAACACAAAAAAAGCUGUGCGGAGUUUGAUUGAUUGGAUGGCGAACGCUAGUGGACAAAACAAACAACCAGAGAGCAACAACAUGUUACUUCGAAAUUCAGCAGUAAUAAUAAUACACAAGUCUAUAUUACUAUCAGGGUUUCAAUUCUACAGUAUUGUCAAUUGUACUUACCCAUUCUAUUUAUAUUGCUUAACGAUCGAAGCCAGAUACACUAUCCUCGUCUUAUCUUCCAUGAACACUGUUUACCAUGUCUUACACAUGAAGGUCGGUCCAUUCAACGUUUCUGAACCAAGUAUUAUCGCUUAGGUAGCGUUUUUAAUGCUUGAUCGCUUUCCUGUCAUCUUCUACCCCUUAAUCGAAAAUUCAUCGCACUUCACAAACAUCGACUCCAUUUCGCCAAUGCGUCUUUAUGAUUUGUCAGUCUCAUUGCUUGCAGUUAUAACUCUGUUGGCAUGUGUAAUUGCCUUUGUCGAUUCAAACGUGGUGUCCUAUAGCGCCCAGUUGAAACGUCCCGGGUGGAAUGAACGCUAAAAAUUUAGGAAUCCAAGAAAAAUUGGCGCAAGCUACUGACAACGAAAAGAGGGUAACAAUUGAACCAUUCACGAAAACUUUUGUAUAAACUAAAGUAAUCUUACAAGGAACACAUUCCACAAAACCCCCACAUGGCAAAAGCGCUGCUGCAUUAGCAAAAUUUGUUGAACAGAGCAAAAACGGUAUACGUCAAACAUCAAAAAAGCUGCAGCUACUCCUAGUCGCCUCCGACAUUUCAUUACCAAACCAAAUAAGUUCCAACGCCUUUUCAUCAUCGAAUGGCUCAAAUUGGGUAAGAAAUCGCCUAUUUGACGGCCGCCAGCAACAAGAAAUCAAUCACAAUUUCUUUGCUGAAGAGUGGACAGCAAAAAGCUAUCGUUGCUGUGCAAAUCCUGCGACUGACACUUUGCCGAAAUGACUAACUGUCCUACGCACAUGCUCGUCAUAAUGAUCAACAGUCGGUGAGUCAAAUCAGUUUUAUAUAUGCUAGAAGGUUAUACGGCUCGGUGCUAACUGUGUUCUGGUAGACCUUGAUUUUAUAGCAUUGUUGCCUCAAAUUCGGCUUACCCAAGUGUCCCUUGCGUGGAUUGAGAAGGUAUUUACAAGUAUAAGAAGACUUGCAUUUAAAAAAUAAAAAUGGGAAAUGUGCUACUCAUCUAACGUGGAUUGUUAUUUGUGAAUUUGAAGUUACCUGCAUCAUGCACACUACUAAAUUUAGUAGUAGUGUAGACGCGGUUGGACACCACGUUUGGAUCGGCAGUGGCAAUCACACAUACCAAUAGAGUGAUAGCAGCAAGCAAUGAGAUUGACAAAUCAUAGAGACGCAUUGGCGAAAUUGGAGUCAAUGUUCUUUAGGAGCGACAAAUGUUUUGAUUAUGAGCAGAAGAUGAAAGAAUGGCAUUUUUCACAUUCAGUUGCUGGCUGCGCUUUCCGCACGGCUGUGGCUCAUAAAGAGCGAUGAAGGAUUCCACUGACUAUAUCAAGAAAGGAUACCAGACACUAAAGUUGCUCAGGUCAAAUUCCGCUUAAUGAUUCAACCUUUGCGACAGAUUGUCGCCGAAAAAGACUUUAAUGCUUUUAAAGGCAAUGGCGUCACUGAGUACGCGUAUUUCCUUACUUUGCCAGUCAGCUUGCUACUUUUAAAAGGCUUCAACCAUUUUAAACGAUGGUGCCGAGACGCUUUACUUCGCCACAAUAUUUCUCCGUUGGUGCUAACGCUGGAGUUGUAUCCGUGUUCAUUGCGUAUCCGCUGGAUUCGGCUUGUGCCAGCUUAACUGUGCAAGAAUAUUUGGUUAACAACGUGCACACGGGCGUAUUUGAGAUACGUUCGUCUGUUUGCAAGUAGAGGGGUCACGUGGCGUUAAGAGGAUAAUCUCUCAUACUAAGUACAAAGCAGGACUAGAGUUGGCAAACUUCACAUUGAAAGUGAAGUCGCUGGCAUACAGAUGUUCGGAUAUUUGGUCAAGCUUUGCGGUGUAAGUCUUAUUCGUGUUAUCUUUGGCCUAUACCAUAACGAUGCGCUUGGCUUUGCUUACCCCGUGAACAAGGGUAAUAUUCGGAUAUGAAAGUUGACGUGAAACUUAUUAUCAUCGACCCGCUGGCAAUUACGGAAUCGUUCAGACGAGCGACGACAACAAACGCAAUUUUUUUUAUGUCGAGCUUGACUAAUAUCAGCUGAGUAUUGUGCGCGAAAACUACGCACAUCAGUACUUAAGAUAGUCAGCGGAUAAUUGUUCACGAGACGGUUGUUCGGGGUAUGUUUGAGGAUCGUGUGACAAAUCAUAUCAAUGUGAUACUAUCGAUCGCAAUUUCGAUUCCCAAUGGAGUGAGUGAUCGAAAAGUACGGAUAUCAAUCCAUCAGCCGAUAAGAGCAAAGGUAUGAUAAUACAUCAGCAUGAAUCUUUUAUCUAAGCAGCUUUCAAGCUCGACUCGUCCUCAACUACCAACGAAAAGCUUACAACACCCGGCAUUGUGUAAAUAUCUAUAGAAGGAGCUGCACCGCCUACUGCAAUGACAUCAGUAGUGUGGUCGACAACGCAAAAGUGGCAGGAUGGCAACGUUGAUCGGGCAGCUGCCAGAAGAUGUCCAGUACUACGGUUCCAUGUUUUUAACCCGGCAUCAUUGCCCACACUCAGCAGCUCAGUACGAUGAAAUAUGACGUCAUGGAUGUCACUUGAUGUCUUGGUGUAAUGCACUGGCACGCGUGAUGGAAGGUGCCACAUACUUAGAAAUCCACCAGUUGUCUC